AUGAGCCUUGGUUGUCUAUUAAGAUAUUUAGUUACAUACCUCUUAUUAUUUAGCCUUAAAAGCUUCGUAAGUUCCGCUGAAUCAAAAUCAGGUUCCAAAGGGAGUUCGGGUACAACAGCUAGAACAGGGAAUGCCUCUCCUAAUCAAUCUUCUUCGUCUCAAAGUGGUGGUUCUUCCUCAGGUAGAGCUGGAGCCACUGGGGCCCCGUCAAACGUAACAGGAAGCUCUUCCGCUUCUGGUCAGUCUCAAUCGCAAACUUCAUCUACCCAAAAAUCUCAAAAUUCGCAACAACAAUCAAGUUCAUCUGAAACUUCACAGCCCAGAAGUGGUGCUAGUGUAGGUCAAGGAGGUCAGACAGGUGUUUCUACAACUGUUAGUCAAACCAGGGGGACUCCUGGGUCAACAAGUGCAUCUGGAACAACUGCAACUAGUUCUGCUACAGGUCAAGCCAAGGAAACAGCUGCCGAAACACCUCUAGAUGUAUCUUCAUAUACUCGUUUGAAGACGUCUGGUGAGACGCCACCUGAUAAAGUUAAGUUAUACUCUAAAAAGUCAGAUGCGUCAGAUUGUGCAGUUACAAAGGAUGAUGAUGACUAUGAAUAUGAUCUAAAAGAUCUUGAAUGUGAAGCUAUCACACAUGAUGACAAAUGUGUUUGGAAACGUAAAGAGGGUCAGGGUCAUCCUCUGAAAAUGAUCUAUAACGGUGACGACGUAAUCACUAUCAAUUUCGAUGACAUUUAUAUUCUCUGUACCAUGUUUGACAAUGAGUGGCAUCUAGAUGAACGUAAAACUCCUACUAGUGGUGCAGCAGCUACUGCAGCUACAACUCAACCUCAAUCUAGUGCAUCUGCAACUCCACAACCCAGAGGUGGUACUACUGCAUCUCCUGUACAAGCUAAAGUAAGUGAAGGAGAAGGUACUCCUGCCAAAGAAACAGCUCCUACGACACCUCCUCUAGAUGUAUCUUCAUAUACUCGUUUGAAGACGUCUGGUGAGACGCCACCUGAUAAAGUUAAGUUAUACUCUAAAAAGUCAGAUGCGUCAGAUUGUGCAGUUACAAAGGAUGAUGAUGACUAUGAAUAUGAUCUAAAAGAUCUUGAAUGUGAAGCUAUCACACAUGAUGACAAAUGUGUUUGGAAACGUAAAGGAAAUAAACCUUAUCCUCUGAAAAUGAUCUAUAACGGUAACGAUGUAAUCACUAUCAAUUUCGAUGACAUUUAUAUUCUCUGUACCAUGUUUGACAAUGAGUGGCAUUUAGAGGAACGUAAAACUCCAUCGACUGGUAGUGCAGCAGCUACUACUCAAGCUAAGGCAGCUCCUGCAACAACACCUGCUAAAGCUCCAGCGGCUACAGCUCAACCUCAACCGAAGCCAACUCCUCAAACAGCUGCGCCUACAUCAUCUUCACCAGCUAAAGCUGAGGCGAAAUCUGGAACACCUAGUGUUACUCCAGCCAAGGCAGCUCCAGCAUCAACACCUGUUAGUCAACCAGGGGCUACCACUCCGGCUACAACUGCAGCUCAACCUGCGCCUACUCCUCAAGCAAAACAGGCUCCAGUUACAUCAACUGCAACACCUGUGUCAACUCCUAAAGCACCUCCUCCUUCUGGUACACCAGUUACCCUUGACAUCGAAAAGACUCAGUCCACUAAUCAGUUCGAAUAUACCAAGAAUGACAUAUUCCAUAAGUAUGAAGUUAAGUCUGGGCACUACUUCAGCAAAGUAACAGAGAAAAGUACUGUCAUCUGGGAAAUUAAAGAUAACAUUUUCGGUAAACUGGUCAGAGUUAAGUCUGAAAAUAAUGAAAAAUAUUUUGCCAUACUCCUUGGAGAUAAUUCAUUUAAACUAUUUCAUCAACCUGGUAAGAGUCAAUCAUGGAAAGAUGUCACAAGUGAAAGAUAUGAUGUAAGGCAACUCAAGUUCUAUGGUGAUGGUGACAAGGAACUUAAAUCUUCUGAUUACACAUCCACUCUAGUUAACUAUUCAUUUGAAUUCAAGUUUAACAGCGGAGUCAAUUGCAAGAAGAUCAAAUAUGGACAAGACGAUGUAUGGAAACACACGGAUGAUCCAAAUCUUUCGACCAUUAAGAUGCUUCAUCUUGGUCUUGUUUCAAACAGUUUCUUCGUCUGUAAGGAUGAAUCCCAGUCUAAGAAGAUUGAAUUUAAACCUACUCAAGCCAAGAUAACUCCUGUGACAGCACCUGUAACAACCCGUCCAAGCACCGAACCUGAAAAAACAAUCGAACCAGUUUCCUUGACAAUUAUUUCUGUUAGAUUUGUAGAACUCGCAAUUAAUAAAAGUGACGGAACAAUUGAGUUUGAUUAUGUCGAUAUCGGAGUAUACAGAACAUUCAUUUGUAAGGGAGGUUAUGGAUUUAACAAAAUAGUAAGGCCAAAAACUGCAGGUUCGGAUGUUAUUUUAUGGCAGGCACCUUCAGGUGAUUAUGCAACAAAGGUCAGAGUAAGGGAAGACACCAAUACUAAGGAAAAACAAAUUUUAGUGUUUCUUGCAAGCCAUAAAUAUGCGUUUUUUCAUGCCGACAAAGGUAAACAAUUUGAGAACGUAACCGAUAAGAGACACAAAUUCUUUAAUCUCAAGGUGUUUGCUACCGAAAAUGGUGUUGAAAAAACACUAAAACCAGAUCAAUAUACUAUAUCUUUGUAUCAUAUGUCAAUCGGUUGUACAAUUAAAUAUGAAUAUACUUGUACCAAAAUUACAUACGAAGGCAGGGUAGUGUACAAAAAAGAAGAGUAUCAAGACUUGGGUAAAAUAAAAGGUAUUUAUCUUGAUCUCAUUAGAAAUAGCAUGUACGUAAUCGGUGUUAAUGAUGAAACUAAAGUAUUAGAAGAGAUGAAAGAGGCGAAAGCUGUUACAGUUGACAUAAGAAAUCAAAAAUGUUGUGAUGAGUUUGACUUCACUCAAGAUUAUCAGAAAAAUGUCAAAAUAUACACAGCAAGAGGUAAUGCCAUUUUUACCAAAGUCAUCAAGGGUGCUGCUCUUGGUUCGGGAACUGUCAUUUGGCAGAGCACCGCCACAAAUAUAUAUGGAACUAAAGUUGUUAUGGAUGGUCUUCCGGAUCUCAAUAAAACGAAGAAUGUUACAGUACACCUAUCUAAUGGUGAUGUUAAACACUAUCAUAAGGCUGGUAUAGGGAACAAAUGGGCUGAGGUUUCUAACAAAGUAUCACUUGAUAUCAACAAGACCCAGAGUAAUAUUGAAUUUGACUAUUUCUUAAAAGGAGAAUUUACCACAUUUACUGCUAAAGACAGUUAUGUAUUCAACAAAGUGGUUCAGCCAAAAAAGGUUGGAUCAGAUACAGUCAUUUGGGAAACAAACAAUAAUAAUGAGCUAUCAAAAAAGGCAUGUUUGAUGGUUACAGGUAAGGAAAAAUACUUGGGUUUAUUGAGAAUUGACGAAAAGGCUACAUUGUUACACAAGCCACCGAACGGAGAUUGGGAAAACAUUACCUCAAAAAUUUCCGAAAUAUCCGGUCUUAAGAUGUCAUAUUAUGAUGAUAAUACAAAGAAAUACGUACUGUUAAGCCCUGAAAAAUACAAAGUAACACUGAAUAAUUUAAAUCAUGGUUAUGAAUUAACUGCCGGAGUAAGUUGUCAUCGUGUUAGGUUUGGUGAUAAGAUUUUAUGGAGUCACAAAAGUGAUAAAACCUUUAAAGAUCUAAAGGCUGUAUAUCUUUAUCUUCGUAGCAAUCAAUUUAUCGUUGUGAGCACUUCAGAUGAAAAGAAAGAAAUUGGUUUAAGAGAUUUAACUGCAGACGAUGGUGUAAAAGAAGUUGAUGAAAGUGAGAAUGUUAAAACUGUUCAAGCUUCAGAUAGCUCACAACUUCGUGGUACCGGUGGUGAGUUGAAUUUGGCAGAUGCUCUAGUUCCAUCAAGUUCAAGUGAAGGUUCGACACCCACUCCUAAACCAGGAACUUCUGGAACUACACCAUCUACUACUGGAGAACCCAGAGAUUUUAAUUUGGCAGAUGCUCUAGAUUCUACCACUCCUAAAACACAAUCAUCUACUACAGCGACGAGUGGUGGUUCUCAAACAUUCAUGGAAUAA